CUCAUAAGCAUUUGUCUAGCCUUCUCCCUCUCUCUAACUAAAACCUCCUUUCUUCACAGCCCUUUUAAGAACAACCUAAGUUUCUUACAACAUGAUGACAACAUUUAUGUUGGCAUGGGUAGCAGUCUAGCAGUAUUUUGUUCAACUCAUGUUCUCGGGGCCAAGGACGAUUUCUAUGUCAAUAUCACAAUACUCGAAACCGCAACUGCCCAAGGCGCAGUAUGCCUGGAUGGAAGUCCACCAGCAUAUCAUCUAGAUAGGGGACAUGGUACCGGACUUCGCAACUGGAUUAUCAAUUUGGAUGGAGGCGGUUGGUGCAGCAGUAUUCCAGAUUGCCUUGAUCGUUCAACUUACUUCUUAGGUGGUUCCGAUCAUAUGGGUCGACAGGGUCUUCUUGACGGGAUACUUCAUAAAACUUCCAUAAUAAAUCCAGAGUUUUACAAUUGGAACAGGGUGAGAGUGAAGUAUUGUGAUGGUUCUUCUUUCACCGGUGAUGUUGAACAAGUUGACCCCGAGAACGAGCUGUAUUUUAGAGGGGCAAGAAUAUUUACGGCUAUUGUGGAAGAUCUAUGGAGCAAAGGAAUGAAAAAUGCUGAAAAUGCAAUUCUAUCAGGAACAUCAGCAGGAGGAUUGCCAACAAUCUUGAAUUGCGACAAGUUCAAAUGCCUCUUUCCAAAGGAUGCCAGAGUAAAGUGUGUUGCAGAUGCUGGCUUCUUCAUCAAUGGGAAUACGGCUGUCUUGAGGACAUCACGCAUGGACUCAAAUCCAAGUCACAAAUUUUAUAACUGUGCAAUUGCGAAGGAUGAUGGCACAUACUCAUUUUUCAAAUGGCUCGAUGAGCUAUCACCUCCAAGCAGUCCAUCAACGUUGAGUCCGGGACCCGAGACAUCAAAUUUUCAUGGCUUAGAAAAAUUUAAUCUACUACAAAGGCUCCAAGAAUGCGAAGAAAAUAGAUAUUUUCUUAUGAAUUUAUUCAAAGAAGCCGAAGAAAAAAGGUAUCACCUUAAAGUAUUGCUACAUGACACCCAAAUA